AAAUCAUAUGACUUGACUUCUCUUCUCCCAUCACAUCGACAUCUUGCAACGUUAUUGAUUUAUGUCUCGCUCUUGAUUCUUGCUCGGCUUAGUUUUUGUGAUCCUCAGAAAUGGCGAGUCAGACACAGGGGAUCCAGCAACUGUUGGCUGCCGAAAAACGUGCCGCGGAAAAGGUUUCAGAGGCGAGAAAGCGAAAAGCGAAACGCCUAAAGCAGGCCAAGGAAGAGGCUCAAGAUGAAAUUGAGAAGUACAGGCAGGAGCGAGAGAGACAAUUCAAAGAGUUUGAAGCCAAGCACAUGGGCACAAGGGAAGGUGUAGCAGCCAAGAUUGAUGCAGAGACCAGGGUGAAGAUUGAUGAAAUGAACAAAAUGGUUCAGACACAACAGGAGGCGGUAAUCACUGACAUUCUCAACUUGGUGUAUGAUAUUAAACCAGAGCUGCACGUUAAUUACCGUUUAUCAUAAGCAAACUUUAAAGUUACGCAUAAAUUAUACUAUUCCGCGUAUUAAAUCUUUGCGAACACAAAUAUGGUUAUUAUUGUUAUAAUAAUUAUUCUGUUUAUAAUCUGUAGCAACUUUACAUAGAGCAUAUAAAAUGCCAACUUCACAGUUAGAGUGCGACAAAUGCACCCAAUAAAUUAUUAUGGUUGCCAUUUGCUGUAAAUAAAUAAAAUAAUAGCUUAAAUUGCCAUUUUUAAUAUUAUUAACCAAUGUUAACUUAUCAAAUCGAAAUCAGCUCGAUAUCAUUCCAAGAAAAAACGUGGGGAUCCGUUUAAGAACACACAAAAAAACUUGUAUUUUAAAAUUGUAUGUUAUUCAUGUUGUAUGUUGAGUAGAAAUAUAUGAAGUUUUAAAAAGAAGAUUGAAAUGUUUUUUUCUUGUUACGUAUCAUUGUGGUGUACAGUAUUAGAGGAAAUAUAUUGCUAAUGUAA